AUGCCUGUCGCCCCCCAAAACAAGACGACUGCCUUCGCUCCAGCCUCCGCCUCCGCCUCCGCCUCCUCCUCUCCUCCCUCUCCCAUCGGGGCCAACACGCCCACCCACUCCGACGACCGGGAUGACGACGACGAGCUAGACUUGCUGGAUGGCGAGGCCGCCGACCCCAACCGCCAGCGCCGCCACGACGUCCUCGACGAUGACCCCCUACACUCUGAUCUGAGAACGCCCAUGUCGUUCAAGCGCAGUCACAAGCGAGGAUCCUCAUUCCUAUCCCUCGGGCGCAAUAUCUGGUCCUCCCUGCGCGGCGGAGAAGGCGGCCCCGGCUCGUCGGCGCGCAUCGUCGGCAGCAGCAGCGGCGGCGGCGGCGACAACUAUGAUGACGAUGAGAACGACCACAUCCCGGACGCAAACCAUCUAAGCGCCAUUGGAAACAGCAACGGCUCGUCCAAGUAUGAUGCUCCACUCGACUGGUACAUUGAGGGUCCCGGGCGGCGCGUCGGCUACGAGGACUUGACGGCCAUCGACUGGAUCUUUGAGUACAACAAGGAGCGCCAGCGUAUACGGUCCCUGGCACCCGACACUGGCGGCGGCGGCGGUGGUGUCGUUGGAACCUUUCGCCACCUCGUUGACGCAAGCCAGAUCUGGAUCAUCAUCCUCCUCACGGGUCUGUCUGUCGGCGCCCUCGCUGCCAUCAUCGACAUAUCCACCGAUUGGCUCGGCGAUCUCAAGGAGGGCUACUGCUCCAGCGGUCCCGAGGGCGGCAAGUUCUACCUCAACAAGCGCUUCUGCUGCUUCGGUUACGACCAGGGGUCCAAGUGUCUGGGCUGGAGGACCUGGGGAGAGACCCUGGGCGCCCAUAGCGUGGGUCUCAAGUGGAUUAUCGGAUACAUAUUCUACACCAUCUUCUCUGUGACGCUUGCUUCGACCGCAGCUAUUCUGGUUCAAGAGUAUGCCCCCUACGCGAAACACAGCGGUAUCCCUGAAAUCAAGACUGUCUUGGGAGGCUUCGUCAUGAAGCGCUUCCUUGGCCUCUGGACACUGGUAAUCAAGUCGUUUGGUCUGGUCCUGGCCGUGGCAUCGGGCAUGUGGCUAGGCAAGGAAGGUCCGCUGGUGCACGUCGCGUGCUGCUGCGCCAACAUCUUCAGCAAGCCCUUCCCUAGCAUCAGCGGCAACGAGGCGCGCAAGCGCGAGGUGCUAUCGGCGGCGGCGGCGUCGGGCAUAUCGGUGGCGUUCGGGUCGCCGAUCGGCGGCGUACUGUUCAGCCUGGAGCAGCUGUCGUACUACUUUCCGGACAAGACGAUGUGGCAGAGCUUCGUGUGCGCCAUGACGGCGGCGGUUUCGCUGCAGGCGCUGGACCCGUUCCGGUCGGGCAAGCUGGUGCUGUACCAGACCAAGUUCAGCACGGACUGGCAUGGCUUCGAGAUCAUCCCGUACGCGCUACUGGGAGUGCUGGGUGGGGUGUAUGGCGGCCUCUUCAUCCGGGCCAACAUGGCGGUGGCGCGGUUCAAGAAGACGACGUCGUGGCUGCCGACGCCGCUGGUGCAGGUGGUGGUGGUGGCACUGCUGUCGGCCGUUAUCAACUACCCCAACUUCUACAUGAAAAUCCAGACGACGGGCCUCGUGUCCAACCUGUUCACCGAGUGCUCGCAGCUCCCGGACGACCAGCUGGGUCUGUGCAGGACGGGCUUCGACUCGGCAGGCAACAUCGUGCUGCUCCUGGUGGCGGCGCUGAUCGGCUUCUUCCUGGCCGCCAUCACCUUCGGGCUGGAGAUACCGGCGGGCAUCAUCCUGCCGUCCAUGGCGAUCGGCGCGCUGGUCGGCCGCGCCGUCGGCAUAGUCAUGGAGAUGUUGUACGACGCGUACCCGGACAUGUUCCUCUUCCAGUCGUGCAGCCCGGACGUGGCGUGCGUGACGCCCGGACCGUACGCCAUCAUCGGCGCGGCCGCGGCCCUCGCGGGCGUCACGCGCAUGACCGUGUCCAUCGUCGUCAUCAUGUUCGAGCUGACGGGCGCCCUGACCUACGUCCUCCCCAUCAUGGUGGCCGUCAUGAUCUCCAAGUGGGUGGGCGACGCCUUCUCCCGCCGCGGCAUCUACGAGUCAUGGAUCCACCUAAACGAGUACCCGUUCCUCGACAACGCCGACGAGACGACGACGACGGUGCCCGACGUCCCCGCCCUGCAGAUCAUGACGCGCAUAGAGGACCUCGUUGUCCUCACCGCCACGGGCCACACCAUGGCCUCGCUGACCGACGUGCUCGAGUCCCACCCCCACCGGGGCUUCCCCGUCGUCUCCGACGCCCGCGACGCCGUCCUCCUGGGCUACAUCUCUCGCGCUGAGUUGAGCUACAACGUCCACGCCGCCUCCCGCCCGCCGCGCUCCCUCCCGCCCGACACCGAGGCCUUCUUCUCCCAUCAGCCCCUCGCCGACCCCCGCUCCACCCUCGACCUCCGCCCCUGGAUGGACCACACCCCCAUCACCAUGUCAUCCCGCACCCCGCUGCACCUCGUCGUCUCGUACUUCCAGAGGCUGGGUCUGCGCUACGUCCUCUUCUCCGACAAGGGCGUCCUCCAGGGCCUGCUCACCAAGAAGGACAUGUGGUACGUCCUCGACCACGGCGCCCAGGAGACUCGUCGCACCGCAGAUGCCCCUGCCGGAGGUAACCAUCCCGCCUCAUCAUCCGCCCCUGCCGCUUCUGUCAGUCUCGAAGAUACUGAAGAUGACGAUGGCGCCGCCGAGGACAUCAAUCUUCUCAGUCAUCGUGCUGAUGAUGAUGGGGGACAGGAUGCCCUUGGGAUCGUGAGAAAUUGA